CUGAUUAUUUUGGUCAAAUAUUUUGAAAAUAGUUUCUUCGUUUCGUAUAUAUAUAUAUUUUAUUAAUUGUUGAAAAAUGGCUGCAUUUUCUUGGUUACGGUAAAGAACCUCAUCUGAUCAAGUUCAUUCCAUCAGUGAUAGGUCUGGUGUAGAAGUUAAGUGUAACAGUGACGGUACAAGAGAUUCCUGAAUGCCAGUCAGAACAGAAGAACAUAACAGUAUGGAACCAUCAUCUAGUCUGGGUGUUGCCCUGGAUUUGAUUCUGAAAACACUCAUAGCAUCUCAAGAUUUCGCCAGUCUACAAACAAAAAACUGGGAUGCCAUUGCAAGGCUUAUUCCAGGAUCCACCCCUGGACAGAUUGCUAGGCGAUACGAAGAACUUUUAUUGUCUGGAGAUGUCUAUGCAAUAAACCAAUUGGAGAAAAACUUCACAAAUUCUGCCAGCUCCCCUCAGAUGAGUGUGUCAGAGUCUGAUAGUAAGACAGGAGGAAGCAGUGGUCCAAGCUCAGCCAGACAGAAGGGAGAUAAAGAUGAAAAAGACAACACCGAUAACAAGAGUAAGCCAGGAGGUCGUAAAGCCAAUGACCAAGGACCAAUAAUGACGAUUCAUGUCUGUGAUGAGGCAAAGAACUCUUCUGAUCCUAAGCAAAACAAGACACAACUUGCAGUGAAACAAGAUUUCCAUUGUCCUAGAGACCUGCUGGUUCAGGAGAUGAAGUAUUUUGCUGAGUAUCUAUCGACCGAUGCGCAGCGUUGGGAAGAAGUGGACAUUUCUGUACAUUGUGAUGUACAAAUAUUUGAUUGGUUGAUGAAAUAUGUCAAGAGAAGCUCAAGAGACUCUCCGGAGAAACCCAAACUCGAGGCAAAUAAUGUGAUAUCAAUCCUGAUUUCAUCUGAUUUCCUAAAAAUGGAUACGUUGGUUCAGGAAUGCAUUGAGUAUUGUCAUGAAAACAUGUCUGCCAUAGUAGCAACCCCAUGUAAUAUGAACUGCAUCAAUGACAAGCUUGUAGGGAGGAUAGCCGAUUUGUUCACACACAAUGAAGCAGAUGAUAUCAAAGACAGAAAGGAUAAGUUUAAAAGCAAACUGUUUGCUAAGAAGUUGGAGAAGUUGUUUGAUCCUGAAGUGGUAAAUCCAGACUCCCCCGACAAUGCCUCCACGCUGUUCAGAUGUUCUAUAUGCAAAAAGAUUUUGACAAAAACUUUGGAGAAGAAAAUUAAGUGCAUGCCAAGCAGAUUGACGAUAGAGAAGCGAGGGAAUUUGACUUUCUGUCACACGAGGGACCAAAACUUUGACGCUAAUGAUUACUUGUUGGAGCUGAAAGGCCAACUGAAGUCCUGGCGUGAUGUGUAUUGGAGGAUUUGGGGAAUGAUUAAUUUCCUGACCUGUACCCGGUGUAAGGAGGCGUUCCCCUGUAGUGACUUCGGACAUUGUAAAUACCAUGCAGAGCCCCCUAGGUUUGACAAUGAAACCGGGAUUCAGUCUUGUAUUGGGACUUACCCUUGCUGCCAUCUGAAGACCAUUCGAUUUGAUCCAACACAGCAGAAUAAGGGCUGUCGUGUUCGAGAUCACAUUGUGACGGUGGUGGCGGAGGUGAACAGCUCAGAUGAAAUAGAUCUGAGUAAAGUAUCUCAGAACCGUGUGUAUGAUGACUUACUGUCACACAGGGAUAUAGUUUGUGUGCCAUAUCAAAGACUGACAGAUGCCAGAUCUGGACCGGGAAGUGAGCUGGAGUUAAAUGUGUUUGAGAACGAAGAAUUCACCACCAGAACUAAGAAGGAUCAUGGGAUUGCUCUACAUCCGUCUUUGAUGUCUGCAGUCGAUGAUGAUAAGAAAUCCGGGGAGUUUGUAAGACCAGUUCCCAGACUUCAGGCCCUGACUGUGGAGAAGGAGAUGUCGUUCGAGUAUUAUGACGUGGGGAUGGGAGAGAGUGACGAUGAAGUUGGGGAUGAUGAGGUUCCAAAGGGGUCAAGUCGAAAAGCUAAAGGUUUUAGGAAGUCCAGAGUGACUAUAGACCCACAAGCAAUUCUUUUGGAUGCUCCUGAUUUUGACCAAACCAAGAAGUCGACCUGGGACACUGGACGGUCCAUGAGGUACAAUCAAGAUGCACAGAGACAGGAGGAUCAUAGAAGAAUGAAAGAUAUUAGACAUUAUUUGACCAGGCUGAGACUUAAUCCAGAUAAAGUUGAUAAACCAAAGAAAGAGUUUGCUGGCGGUGCUUUCAGUAGACUGGAAGCCCAGUGGAAGAUCAGCAAUCUACAACAGCAAACCAAGCAACAGACAAUGAACUCAUUCAGAGCAAAGCCAAUCCGAUUCAACCAAAUCCGAAACUCCAUCUCUUAAGUCAGCAAAGCCAAUUGGAUUCAACGAAAUCAGAAAUUCCAUCAAAUCCGAGAUUCCAUCUAAGUCUGUGGCACCAAACAAGGAACCAAGUCCAUACAACCAAGUCCAGUCAUAAAUUCCAUGGCACCAAACAACCUAGUCUAUUGUUAGUGCACUAAAGAUCUGAACUCUGUGACCUUGACCUCUGGUUUUACAUUUACUAUCCUGCUGUAAGAUUGAGGCCUUUUAAUCAGAUUAUGUUUUGUCUCAUGAUAGUUUGUUCUUUAGAAUUCCAAGGAUUGCAUUUAUAUAGGAUAACAGCCUUAGGUUGGGAAGGGGGGGUUCAAGUCCAAAAUCAAAGACAGACUGAAUCUUUCAGAAGUCAAAUGAAAUACAGUUUCACAUGAUUCGUCUUUAAUAUUUGUAAGUAUGGUCUUUUUGAGAAUAUGACAUCAAAAAUGAGGCAAUAUCUUAAUUUUACCCAAAAUUCAGGUAAAUAUAAUUGUUCUUUAACAUUUUUCAUUCAGAAAAUGGAGCACAAACAAAAUUUCUCUGUCACUAAGUGUACUAGAAGAAUCAAUCUAUGGUAUAGACAUGGAGUUUGUCCAAGCCUGGGCUUUAUGUUUUCUGAAUGAAAAAUGGCCAUUAGAGGAAAUUUUCUUCUUAUGAUGCCAUUAUUCUUAAGUUUAUUCAAACUGGGAAUAAUUUAAGUUUGUUGCAUUGAGAUUCUUGCAAAAAAAAAUAAUACAGGGGCAAGUAGGCUGCUCAUCAUCUCCAAGGUAUCGUUCUUGAUAGAUUUUAGUGAUAAUGAUUUGAUGCAAUUUAUUUGUAAGAUUUUUAUGUAGACUGUUUUUUAUUUGUACAUAUAUACUACGUCUUGUUUUAUUUCUUUGAUGCAAAUUAUUUAUUUAUAAUCUUUUUUUAUGAAAAUAGAUUUUUUUAAUGCGUA